AUGUGGCAGUCAACUUCUUGCUGCCUGGCAGUGAAACAAGCUCUAGUCAGCCGCCAUUGUGGAACCGACCCGUCAUGCUCGAGAUGUGGAGCCGAAAAGGAAUCGGUUAACCAUUUAUUCUUUGAAUGUCCAGCUGCUGUCCAGGUUUGGACCCUCUCGGACAUCCCAUCGGCUCCCGGAAUCUUCCCAUGCGACGCCCUGUACAAUAAUCUUGACUAUCUCCUAUGGCGCGCAAAAGACAACAACGUUCCGGAGAAGAAGCUAGCAAUCUUUCCCUGGAUAUUAUGGUUCAUUUGGAAGGCCAGAAAUGAGAAAGUUUUUAGCAAUAAGGAUAUCCAACCUGAUGCAUCGCUGCAAUCUGCCGUAGCAGAAUCGGAGAGUUGGGCUCUUGCCCAACUUAUCGACAGCUCCAUGGACGAAUCAGACCCCACAAGAACCACUAGUACACGAAUUGACCAAACCCCGACCCUCCCACGUUGCCAAGUUGAUGCUUCGUGGGUGUCGGGGAAUCAUGUUUAUGGUGGAGGCUUCGUACUAGAUAUAUACAGCGGAUGA